AUGGGGAAAUCCAAAAGCUCCCUUUGUAGCAAGGCAGAGAAGAGUAAGACUGAAUAUAACAAAACCAUGCAAGCUUGCAAUGCAACAAGCGAAUUGCUGAGGGAGGCAAUGGAGCAUGAUGAGGAAGACUCUGAUAAGUCCAAGUACGAGGUUCUUCACAAGAAGCAUAAAAGGUGCUCCAAUUGCAACAUUCAUUUUGAGGACAAGUGUGCUUUAUUGGUACACAAGCCAUCAAAGCUUUGUGACAAAACUUCAAGUUUUAUCAACAAGUCUGGUUUGGUUGCACACCAACAGGUUCUUCACAAGAAGCAUAAAAGGUGCUCCAAUUGCAACAUUCAUUUUGAGGACAAGUGUGCUUUAUUGGUACACAAGCCAUCAAAGGUUGUGGUUGUUGGAUGUCCACGAUAUUCUUAUGGCUACUAUACCAUGCUUAAUGGUGCCGCCAUUAUGGAUGGAGCCUUAUUUCUCAAUGUUGCUAACGAAAGCUGUCCCCAACCACAAACUUCUGAGCAUCUGGCUGCUGUUGAAAUCAUGCGAAUCAUAGCUGAUAAUGCACCAGUGGUGCCAAUUUCUGCGCAGUUGAAGUAUAAUAUUGAUGUUGUUUGCGAGUGCAUCGUCAAAAAGAUCCCCAUUCCAGAAAGGAACUUUAUCUCACCUCCCAAUAUGAUUGUUAUCCGUUCUUUUGAUGUCAAUAAACCUGGGUUCGAGGUCAAUGAGAUAAGCGGUGGAGUGGCUGGUGGAAGCAUCCUCAGGGGUGUCUUGAAAAUGAACCAAUAUAUCGAGGUUUGUCCUGGGAUUGUUGUUAAGGACGAGAGCAGAAACAUAAAAUGCACGCCAAUAUAUUCUAGAAUAGUUUCAUUGUAUGCUGAGCAAAAGGAGUUGCAAUUUGCGGUUCCAGGAGGUCUCUCCCUGAAGUAUUUGUUGAGCUUGAGGUGAACUUCUUCUUGUUGAGAAGGCUUCGGGGGGUCAGAACAAAGGGGUCGGAGAAGUAAGGAAAGGUCUCAAAGCUGGCCAAGGGUGAGAUCCUGAUGUUGAUUAUAGGAUCCAUGUCUACAGGGGCUAAGUUAAUUGCUGUAAGGAAUGAUUUGGCAAAGCUGCAACUCACCUCUCCAGUUUGCACCAGCAGAGGAGAGAAAAUUGCGCUCAGUCGGCGAGUUGAGAAGCAUUGGCGUCCUAUUGGGUGGGACACGAUUCAAGCUGGAACUACCCCUUGAUGUCCCACCCUCCCCAAUUUGAUUAGACUCCACAAAUUGGUAAGACAGAAAGCAAGAAAACCACUAAGACAGCUAAAGAGUAGGGAAGAUGUGGGAAUGCAGGCAAUUAUUGGGAACCAUUUUUGUCAGAUGGAGGAGAAAACAUUGUCGGGAUAAUUAUGUUCUGUUUUGUUUCUUUGACUUUUGAUAAAAUCAUGCUUUCAUCUGCAUUCUUAUUCUUCUAGUUUUCGACCUGACUCAUUCCAACAGAUGAGGGAAUGAAAGAUGGUUAUGUUAUCCCUUUCAGAAAAUAUUGCGAUCGCCAGCAUCUUUAGGAGGUGUCUUAUGCAGCAAUUGUACUCACCUCAAAACCUAGAUUGAUUCCGUCUUGUUAACUUCAUGGUGUCUUUCUACCAUUUUAUGCAUUUCUAUAUGCAUGAUUUGGCAUUACCAUUUGAGAAACCCUCUGCAAUCA